CUCACCUGUCAUAUGAAAACUGCGUAGCUGAAUUAAACAAAAUGGCUGAAUUAAACAUAUUCACUAACAAAUCUUGUUGCUUGGCAUAACCCUAGACUUCAGUCAUGGCUGUCUGACAAGAGCAUGAAACUUUAUUCAGUAAAAUACAUAUCACCUAUUUCACAAAACGAGUUUAUUAGCCAUUGACAGAAGAUAUAAGGAAUCACAUCGUAAAAGAUAUCGUUUCAUCUGAAAUACACUCAGUCAUGGCCGACACGUCUCCUAACAAUUCAAAUAAGGACCGCCUCGUAGUGGCAGUGCAAUACGUUGACGAAAACAACGUGCCAAACGAGAGAAUACUGGAGAUGAAAGAAGCAAGGAAUAAAUCACGAUUACCUAUUUGUCACGAUGGGUUAGUGUAUCAGUCUUACGACUACACAGCUUCAUUGUCUGGGACUUUUAAUGGAGUUCAACAACAUUUGCAGGAAAUAGUUGGACGCAACAUUUCAUACAUCCCAUGUCAAGGCCAUAGAUCAAACACAUUCAACGAGCAUUGCUCAAAGGCCUCUACAUUGGUUGAGAUGUAUAGCUUGCUCGAAGAGCUGUAUGUUUUUUUCAGUAGAAGUUGUAAACGGUUUUAUGUUGCAAGAACAUAUGGAAAAAAUUGAAAAUGCUCUUAAAUUGCGCAAUCUCUCAAAGACGAGAUGGGUGUGUUAGAAGUGAACAAUUGAAGCAGUAUGGAGAUCUUUUGAAGCCAUACGAAAUGCCUUAGCGGACAUAGCAAAAAUUGACAACAACUCAUUAACCAGAACCAAAGCAAACUCGCUCUGUAAGAAAAUGGUCAAGUUUG